UCGCGUUCACCCUGUAUUAUGUAAAAAAAAAACCUACUUUGUCCAAUAACAAGCACGUGUGUCUCAUCUACGUGGCCAUGCCUGAGUGAAUUCAGCAAUUUCAACAUGUUUAUUUGAAUAUUUUGAUAGUCCUUUGGCAAUGUUUAAUUUUAAAAUCCGUGCUCUAGUGGGAAUCAUGAUAUUUCUAGGAUAUUUUCUACUUUACAUUGUACGAUAUAAUAUUUGUGUCCAUAUUGUGGAUAUGACUAAAUUGAAGACAAGACUAAUCAAAUUGAAACUAGAAAAUGAUACAACUAUAAGCUUUACUAGAUUUGGCAGCGUCCGAAAAAUUAAUUUCAUGGACACAAUGCAUUGGGACGACAUGAUGUUGGCGCAACUUUUCUCAGCUUACCAUAUCGGCUAUUGUAUCUGCUUUCCAAUUUUCCAUACUAUUGGAGACAGGUUGGGCCCUACGUGGAUAGUUGGCAUCGCGGGGUUUAUCUCCGGGGUCCUGAACUGCCUCACGCCAGCUUCAUCUUAUUACAACUACUGGUCUUUGUAUGUCGUAAGGAUAAUAACAGGAUUUUGUGCGGGUGCUAUGCAGCCAAGCAUGGUGCAGGUGUUAAGGCAUUGGGUGCCGCCGAUUGAGCGAAAUUACUUCAUGUGGGCUUACUGUGGGAUUACAAUGGGCACAUGUUUCACGUUCUUGGCGUGUGCCGCUAUUCACUAUUAUUCGACAUGGCCGACUGGAUUCUACACGUUUGGAGCUUUGCAAAUCUUGUGGUCAAUCGCCUGGGUCUUCACCGUUACGGACAACCCUAGCAGACAUACUUUUAUUUCAGUGGAGGAGCUCACAUAUUUGACUAACACUAUAGGAACUAUAUUUACUAUAAAGACUACAAAUGCACGAACUCCCUGGAAUCUGAUAUUAAAAUCGAAAAGUUUCUGGUCUUUAUGUUGCCUUAACUUUGGCUACGCCUGGAUGAUUAUAUCUUUGUGCCUACACGGAACGAUAUAUUACUCUGAAGUUAUUGAAUAUGACAUAUACAGCGCAUCAGCGCUGACAGGCCUGCCAUUUUUCCUACGUUUGGUGCUUGGAGCCCUCAUCAUACAUGCUUUUCACUGGUACAAAUACAACUCUAGUAUAAGACGUAUAAGGCACAUAAGGAAAUAUUUUAUCGUUGUGUCUCACGUGAUCCCGGGGCUGCUGAUAAUGUGCACGUGGUUCGUGGUGCAGAUCCCCGGGCCCAUUUUGCUCACAACGGCAGUGGCUCUCACUGCUGCGGGUACUGAUCUCACCUUCGAUCUUUGCUACGAACUGUCGCCAACAUUUGUUAACUCCCUGCAUACGGUGAUCAAAAUAAUCGGAAACACUCCAGGAAUAAUGGUUUCGUAUCUAGUUGGUCAUGUGGUUACAAAAUAUAAGAACUAUGCAUACGUAUGGAAGAACAUGUGGUGUUUUCAUGCUACGGUGCUAUUUGUGUCUGGGAUGGUGUUUCUGAUAUGGGGCGAGACCCACGUUCAGCCUUGGAACGCUGUAAACAGUACUCGUAGACCUGUCAAUCGCGUAAAACCAACAGCGUCCAUAAUGUCAAACAUUGUUGAAGUGGAUGAAGAUGAUACUUCGUAAAGGUGCGUACAUACCAAGCGAACGAACGCCAACGAAUGGAUUUCGCCUGCCUUCGUUGGCCCUGUCUGGACGACUAAACAAACGCCAACGACCGUUCCAUAAUCGUUCGUUAGCGUGUGCCGGCAAUCCGCUGCAUGGUGGUAUCAUUUGCCUGGGUACACAUGAGACCAACGAACGCCAACGAAAGAUAUUCGGCUUUGGCAACCGCACGUUCCCGAACGUUCGUUGGUUCUUGAAGAUGCGUUUAGAGAACGAUGUGCGGUAGCCAACGCUACUAAAAAUUAACAAAAACAUGUCAUUGUUACUCCACUCUUUGUUUUUCUUCAUUGUUUAUGUAUUUUAGUUUUAAUUUAAUAUUUUUUAGGUUAAUAUAUAAUCACUACACUCUGCCACUUCAAUAGAUUCAACUGAGCUUUCGUUUGUUGGCCUUCAGCAUCCAGUCCACACCGCGUUGGGUCAAUUGCUUCAAAUCCUUUGAUGUUGCCGCCUCGCUGCGGAUCGCCAACUAACGAUCGUUGGCGUUUGUCAAUCCGCUUUCCGCUCAGACACAUCCAACGAAGGCCAGCGGAACCCAUUCGUUGGCGUUCGUUGACCUGGUGUGUACGCAUCUGAACGAGAACCAACGAACAUGUGACAGCCAACACUGAAAAACUUUCGUUGGCGUUCGUUGGUUUGGUGUGUACGCACCUUAACGCGCAAGGCUCCUGUAAUACGAUAUUUCUUUUCACAAUAGUGGAGGAAGGUUGGUGUCCAUUAAAAUGACUCUACUAAUAUUAUAAAUUCAAAUGUGUGUCUGUCUGCCUGUCUGUCUCUUAUGUUACCUCUUCACGCUUAAACCGCUGAACCGAUUUAGUUGAAAUUUGAUAUAGAGAUAGUUUGAGUCUCGGGGAAGGACAUAAGAUAGUUUUUAUCCCGAAAAUCAUGCCUUGAGAGAGUGAAAAGCGAUAAUAGAUGUAUGGGUCAAACACAAAACUGUGUUCACGUUUUUCCUCCUAUAGACAUACUAAAGUUAAGGGCAAUAAAUGGAAACGAUACAGCUCUGACGAACACACAAGUUUUCUCUCCUGUGGACAUUAAUUAAUAGCUUGUGGGCAUGUAGGUAAUAACUUUAUCAUACUUAUUUAAUAACCUCUCGCAACUCCACUCUGGAUAGCCGGCUAAGGCAAGCCAGAGACAGAGAAUCCUGUCCCACCCACCCACCUUCGAGUGACAGAACUCCCCAGGAGCACUCGGCUACGUGGAGUCGCUAAUCCCCAACAGCUCGCCACAAGCUGUC